CAGUAUCACGCUGUGAUCCCAGCUGUGAUCCUAUAAUGCUUGGUAUGUUUGUAUAACCUGUUUGGUCCUGGACUCGAGUUGACAGUUUAGAAGACAUUCAAGACAAAACGUACAGUGACGGAACAAAUAACAAUUGUUCGUUUCACUUUGUGUCUUUCAACCUAUUCUUCCUUAGCGACAUAUUGUCAGAAUACUUAAUGAAGGUAAAGUGUGAAAUACUUUGUGUGAUAUAGUAUUACGCACUAACGUCUAACUUUCUAUUUAACGAUUUGUUUCAGAUGAAAGUUUCAGUCGCUGUGCUCGUAGGCUUUGUUGCGUUGUUCACGUAUGUCUGCGCGCAAGAGAAGGUAAUCAUGACAGUUUUUAUAUUACAUAGAACGCGUUACCAAAUAUUUAUUAUAUAAGAAUGCGCUAGUUGGUGUUCUUUAUUGAGAAGAAGUGUAUUUCUUGUAAUGUGCGAAUCUUUGUUGCCAUUUGCGCACUGCAGACGAAGGGGUUAAAUAUGACGCACUAAAUUCUAUCGCAUGCUGUAAAAUAUCAAAUGUAAAAGUUCCAGAGACGUUUUUAUAUGGUAUUAUGAACACAGAAUAACCGUUGGCUUAUAAAAAUACAAUAGAUAAAUCAGAACUAAUAUUUAGGACAUUUCAUCAGACGUCAACAAAUAUUAUGAUGAUUAAAAUUCCUUGGUACAAUGCCAAAUACAGUUUUUUCUAAAGAUUUUCUGUUAAAUAUAACAAAAAAAGUUUUUAUUUGUGAGUAUUUGCGAAUUGCGAGUAUACAACAAAUAUAUGAAAAUGGCUUAUUGCGGCAGCGAGUCUAUUAUUUAUUUAUUUUAUCCAAAUAAUACCCUGAGCGACUCUUUAUCCUUUUAUUAAAUUUUUAACCCUACGUGAUGCUCAUGCAGUAUGCCAUUUCUAUAAUUUUAUGUAACGGGUCUAUUGAUUUGAAUAUCAGCAGAUGGGCAAUAAAUUCGCGUGUAGGUGACAUGUUUUAUGGUAUUAGUUUGUGCGAAGACAUCUGCCAAUAGAUAUGUUACUUUGGAGCGCGAGUUUAACAGACAGUUGAACAGCAGGGUUCCAGUUUAACAAAAUGUGCGUGCCAAGAUAAAGGUAUCGUGUAUCAGACUCCUAGAGAGAUUGAAAUCAUCGCUUGAAUUUUUAGUUAUGACUUUGACUUGACCAGUUGACCUCUUUUUAUUUUGCCCAUUAGUCUAUGAUUUUUAAGUUGAAAAAUGUUAUAAAUUUACAAAUGUGUCUUUUCAAAUACGUCAGAAACGGGAAACUUCACAUCCUGCCUCACAUGUUAUAUCAGUUUGUUGGACCAGAUGUCUGAUGUCAUCAUAUUUUUUAAUGUCUUCGGAAUUUACUAUUCAAACGUCGCCAAGGGCUAUUAAAUUUUGAUUAUUUGCCAUUUGGCAAUUGGUGACGAUGUCCCACCCUUCACAGUAAUGGUUAUUUUGGGUGCGUGAUCUGUCUUAGAAUUUAUGCAUAUUAUUUCCUGGUUUAGAAAUUUGAAACUGAAAUUUCGGUCAAUCUUCAUGUGAAGGAAAAUAUUCUAAAAUCUAUUACGUUAUUAAUUCCACUCUUCUGUAAGACUGAUUGUCACUGACGGUAAAUAAAUUUAUCGCUGCUCAAACAUUGCUGCGCCCCAGUCAAAUGCACUAGAUCUACCGAAGUACAAGCCUAAAAUUCCUUUGAUGAAUAAUUAGGCAGGUCGUCAGUUAUUGAGGAGACCAGGGCAAUUAGUUAUAAUAUUAGUUCCUGUAUGUUACAGCAUGUUCGCAUCCUUAAUUGCACUGCUAUAAAACGUCUUGUCGACAUAAAUAUCCACAACUUCAAUUAGGAUUAGGUACAAUUGAACAAGAAUUUUUCUGGGUUUAUUUACCUUUUCUCAGUCUUGAUUUCUUUACUUUUAUUGUGAUUUUAUGAUGCCACAAUUCUCGACUUUUUAUGUGUUUUUUUUUCAUGGAUUAUUGUUCAAUUAUAUCGCUUUUUUUUCCUAAAUUAUUUUUAAAUUCUUGUUGUGUUGCGGAGUUAAAUUUUAGUGAUUUGCAUCUCGAGCGCGAUUCCAAUGUUAUAUGGUCGCCAGUACCAUACCAGUACCAUAAGACACAGUCCAACCUUGCCAUACCGUGCAGCAAUUUAAUUUGCCGGAUUUUUUACAUUGCAUGAUCGGAUGAUUUUUAAUCCUAAUCAGAUCCCUACAGGAACGGAAUGGGUAUGCUGCUUCAAAUAUUUAUUUAUCUUUGUUGUAAUACUCUUUUUGAACACCACACCUGUCUGGGAAAUGUGAAACACCAUAUGACGUAUUCAUCACCGGACUUGUGACACAACCAUAUCAUUGCUGAAAAAGUGCGUGUAUGCGAAGUAAUUUCCAGACAUGGGCAUCAGCUCAAUACAUCGAAGUUUUUUAUCUCUUUCAGUUCCAGAUGAUUACGACCUCGAUUACGACCAAAACGAAGACAGUUUACUUUACGGUUGAAUACUACCUACACCGGAAUCGCGCAUUUGUAUUGAAAAAUAUCUCGUUAGACUCUGAUUUGAAUAUGAUCAUGAUUCCUCAAAGGAAUCAUUGCACGCAAAAAUUAUUCAUUACUGGCAUACUCAUUUUCAGUGAAGCCUGAAAGUGUCAAAAUCCACUAACAUGUUAGUGAUGUUACAUUAACCUAAUGAGCGCCAGUGCAUGCUCUCUCCUUGACGUGUAAAAUCAUCUGGCGUUGGUCGGUUGGACAGAGUAAAAUAAUAUAAGAUCGGGCGCAUUUGGAUGCAAUGCGACUUGAUGAGUUAAAACGAAGUAUCUUAAUACAAUUAGACAUUCUACCAAACUAGACCUGCCCCUGCAUUAUCGUGUUUUUAUCACGUUGGAUUAUUAAAUAUACGAAAUGUGAUACACUUCUAGCUAAAAUGUUUGUUUGCAUUUUUCUAAGGAGGAAGACUAUUAGUAUCAAUUCGUGUGUGGUAUAUAUAAAGUGGUAUAAUCCUUCGGAUUCCUUCCCAUAAUUCAUUCCAAUACGUGUUUCUCAUAAAAUUUAUAGUAUUGUUUAUUUUAUUGAUCCAUAAAUAUUAUAUAUCCUAUAUAAAUGAUUCAGUUCAUCAGACCGUGAGAAAUUUGUUGUUGCGGCGGAUGGCUGCAGCGCGGCUCCCAGCGGUGUGUGACAAGCUAAAAUUUUUCACGCACAGCAUUGCGCGGAUUCGAUUAUAAUGACGUAGAACCACUAGCCUGCGUGCACGCAGGCUAUAGAACCACCAAAGUUAUUAUAUUACGGGUGCUAGGCCUUGUAGUUGAUAAUCUCUAUCAAUCAGUGAUUAUUCUGUUCUAUCAUAUUUAUAGGUUGCAUCAGAAGCGUCUUUGAAGAGCCGCUAUGCAUACCUAAGGAAGUGGGUGCAGAGGGCGAUGCGAAAUGGCAUGAAAACGCCAGGCAGACAAUCAUGGAAAGAGAGAAGUAUGUCCAUUGAAACCCACCAAACAUCGAGAUUAUUGUGUUAAUUAGAAGUAAAGAAUAUAUUACCAAGGAGAACGUGGGCUUAUGCGUGUUAAGAUGAUGCGUGUCCACGAAGGCACAGCAUAUUUUAAACCCUUUGAUAUCUUAAUACCUCCUUGACCUCACUGCGCUUUUUGAAUCCGCUAUUUCAAUUGUUUUAUGCGUUUUUUACAUAUUGCUUCUCAUGCAAAUAUUUAAAAAAGGGGUUUAUUUUGGAUUAAUUAAGGUGUAAUAAAGGUGGCGAAAAUGCGGGCGGGAGGAAUUAUUACUCCCAAAUAGAAAAGUAUUCGUUCAUCCUGACUUGUGGUGAUUUAGAUAAAACAUAACUAGCGAUGCCAAUUAUAAAGAACGGAAUAUAAUUGAAAUCGUAUGUAAAAAUUCCCUACCCUCGAAAAGGUAUUUUUUAACUUUUUAUUACAGUACAAGGGCUAAUGGUGGACGAACCAUUAUCCGAAGUCAAAUUACUAAACUUAUUUUUAUCUCUUUGACUAUUUUUAACGCAACACAUCUUCGAAACUCAUUUCAGUGCAUCGGAAUUCGGGGGCGGCUUGGCCGUAUGGGCGUGGCACACCUGGGUAUUUUCCGGUGUAUCCCUAACAUUCAGAUAAAAUGGGCCCUAAAAAGCCCUUGUAAUGUUAAAAGGUGGGCGAGAGCAACGCCUGCUGAGAAUAAUGAGUUUUUAAAAUGUUGACAUACAAUGCGGGAUACUGAUUGUACGUUGGAAGAAAUUGUAAUUUUGGUUAUUUCUAUUAAUGAAGGCUGAAGGUUUAUGUUUUCAUUUGAGAAAUUUCGAAUACCUGUCGUGAGUAAUCAAUCAUAUUUCAUCUUUAAGUAAUCAUAUUUCACAUUUUCCUUAGGCUCGAUUCCACCUGUUGAGCCCCUCCUCCCUCUCAACAGCUGGAAUUUCCUGGGCUUGGAAUUAAAAGUUAAAAGAAAUGUUUAUUUUAUGAAAUAUCCAUAUAAGCGUUGGAUACACAUUCAUAUUAAUAUGUGCUAUUAGUAUAUGGUGGGUGCUAACUUCUUAUUCGUGAAUUUCAGAGGGUAUUAACAAUAUAAUUAACAGAAACGUAAAUCCCUCUUGUGUGCAGAAAUCGGGGAAAACAUAGCGCAUGCGUAAAACAGUUGUACCUGUGGGGGCCUUAUGAUAAUAGAAAAACUGUUAAAAACAUGGUUACUUUUCCUUUGCACAUGACGUCAUUACGUGUCAUUUACCAAUGUCUGUGCCAGUGAGACGUUGAGUUAAUUUGUACCAAAUAGUAUUUCCCAGAUUGUUUUAUAAAAACAUUUUACCACUUUCUGGAUCGUUUUUAGUGUGCCUCUAUAUGUGUGGAAUUGGGAAUAAAAAAAUAGAUAGUAGAAUCUUGCUGUCUCGAAUGUCGAUUUAUCUCGAUCUCGCUUUAUCUCAGAACGUCAAUCCCCUUCAUAAUCGUAAUAUAUUUAUAGUAAUUCACUAUAUGGCUAUCUCGAACUCGGUUAUCACGAAACUUUCGCUAUCUCGAACACUUCGUGAGAUCCACCACUUGUCUGGAUCACGGUAGCUCAUAAAUUUGGCUUUGCUAUCUUUAGAGGGCUGCUAUAGGGAUGACGAGCAAAUGCUGCCACAACGGCUCUUAGAUUGGUUCCAUAUUUUGAAGUCAGAAGACCUAAAGAAAAAUGGCAAGCUUGAUGAAAUGGAUUUCGAGACUACUGGUAGGUACUUCUGCUUCUGGUGAUAAAAAUUGUACAGUUUCUAUGCAACAUCUUGAAACUGGUGAAUAAUGAUGUGACAAACCAAUCAAUUAACGUAUUAAAUUGACAUGUCACCCCAUGUCAUUAAAAUAAUACUUAUCGACGUCAGUAUAACGCAGUUCUUUUUAAUAUCUCAGUAGACCUUAUGCAUAAUGACGUCACAAGGCUUGAUGCCCGCGAGGAAUGCUGGUCUUAGUAGUCAUCGCCCGGGAAAAUUUCGAUAGUGGCCAUUUUGAAUUGUUUAAUUUUCCCAGGCGUUGACUAUUAAGACCAGCAUUCCUCGCGGGCUUCAGGCUUUGUGACGCCAUUAUGCAUAAGGUCUAUUGCACUGAUGGGGGUCUAUUGUGAUAUUUGCAUCUUUUACACUCUUUGUCUUCAUACAUCAUAUGUUUGUAUUUGAACAGUCGAACAGACGUUCAGCCCUCUAUAAAAAACAGAAAUGAAAAGAACAGGUCAAAAUUAGUAGCUAAGCAAAAUAUUUGGAGACUAUAUUUUAAAAACUGUGCCAUUAACAUCGUUUUUAAAAUAAAAAAAUAAAUAGGGGUUAAAUUGGAACUUUGCAUAUUGAACGGGUAUGCAAUGCCCAUCAAGCCAUGAUCCAUUAGCAAAUUCAUAUUCCGAAAUAUUCAUUUUCCAACCAUUUAAAGUAGGAAAUUAAGGAUUAAUAAAAGAUUGUAAACGUAGUAAGUAAAGAGAUCCUACUCAUUUUCCAUCAGUUUAAAUUGUUUCAUAUCUUUUUUCAAGUACAAUCCGAUUAUUCCGAUUUAAACUUUAUAGUUUAAUUAACAUGUUCCAAACUUACUUGACUUACUUAUUGAGUAAAUAUAAUGUUGGGGUUUCUAACAUUGCUAAGCUAGAUUCCGGGUAGUGGCUGUGCAUGAUAGUUUUCUGUUUUGUUUUCCACCUUCUAGUUUGUCAUUCACCAGCACUGGCAUGGUUCUUUAGGAAGUUUGAUACGAACAAAGAUUUAGUUUUGGACAAAGAUGAACGCGCUGAGGUUGAAGGAAAUCCUGAUGAACAUUGCAUGCGAAAAUUCUUUGAAAAAUCUGACUUGAAUAAAGAUCACAAAUUGAGUCUCAAUGAAAUAUGCGCUUCUUUCAUGCAUGUUGGUAAGUAAUUAUGGAAUAGCUAAAUACUAAUGCCUGAAUGUUGGAUGUGGGACGAGAAGUCAAAGGUAUCCCCUUAUGAUCUGCAAGUUAGUUCUCUAAUAUAUUGCAGAGAUCCCUCUGAUCUGCAAGAUUCAUAGAUCAGAUUAGAUUCACAGACUACAUAUAUAUUAUGGGGGAAACAAUUUGCUGGCUGAUAGUGUCCUGGGCCCUGAGGCCUACACCAUCUUCGGGGAGGGGAAACUAUCUGCUGUGACACUGGCUAAAAUAAUACUUUAUGUUUUGUACAAAUAGAACCACCAUGUAGCCAGGAAAGGAAGAAGUAUCUUGCUGCACGACCAAUACUUGGAAGAUAUAAGCCUGAUUGUGAUGAAGAUGGAUACUACAAACCUCGUCAAUGUCGUGAGAACUACUGUUGGUGUGUUGAUCGCUUUAAUCAAGUUAUUGAAGGAUCAAAGAAAGAAGCAUGGCGCGUUAGUUGCCGUAAGUAUACAAUCUGUUAUCAAUUUCUUUAUAACGCAAAACAAGGCAUGCAUCUUAACUCUUAAAUCAAAACUUCGGUUAGUAGGGAUACAACUACCUGAAAAAUACAAGAAGAACUUCGACGUUUCGAGCGAAGGCCCUACUAACUUCCCCUGCUUUUAUUUUUCUGGUGUUGUAUCUCUAUAUCAACAAAAGUUUUAUUAUAUUAUUGGCACUACCUGCACUGGCACAGACCGUUCAAGAUUAACUCUUAAAUCUGAUGUAGUGAUAAAGACCUUUAUAACAGAAAUCUUUAUAGACUGACCUUUAUAACAGAAAUCUUUUAAAGUAUGCUCUUUCCGAGAAUAUAUUUUUUUGCCAAGAUAAAAAACUAUAGUCUAUAAUGGGAAUUGUCUAUUAGACAAUUCUCAUUAUAGACUAAUUUUUUAUCUUGAUAAAAAAGUAUAUUCCCGGAAAGAGCAUAUACUAAAAUGAGUAAAAUUGUAAAGUUCGCAAAUUUUGUAUGGGCUACUUUUAUAUUGCAUGCGGAAAUUGCUACCACAUUUGGCCCGAAAAUGGUAGCAAUUUCCGCACGCAAUGCAAAAGUUACAAAAUUUGCAAACUUUGCAAGGCUAUAUUUUCCGCAUUUUACAACAUUUCGCAACCAAACUUUGCAAUUUUACUCAUUUUUAUAGACUAAUUUUAAAAUUAGUCUAUAAUGGGAAUUGUCUACUAAACUUGAAAUCCAUCAAUCCAUGUAUUUCAAUGCAGUUUAUUAUGAUUGUGUUUUUAUGAUUGUGUUUCAGGUGACAACACAGACCCGAAUGACGCCCUUUUUGCAGGAGACGACGAGGCUGCUGAACUGGGCACCCUUUAAUAAUUGAAGUACAUGAUUAUAGUUAUUUUUCUUCUACAACUGAAUUGUAAUCAUUGUAUACUAAAACAACGUAAAGUUGAGAUAUAAAUCUUUUACAACAGCAUCCCCCAGUAUAGUAUAAAGUAUGGCUAUUAUUGUACGUUUUAGUAGUUUAAAUGUUUUGUAUGGUUAAAUUUUUAUAUUUUUAGAUUAUAUUUUGUGUUAUUUUACACUACGAAUAAUUCAAAUAUAGCAUAUAAGUUUAAUUAAAUUAAAGAUUUUAAUUUGACAGAAUAUAUCUGGAGUGGUAUUUUGGGUUUUGCUA